AUGAAGGUAGCCGCCUUAUUCCCAGAGUCUGCGUCGCUACGUAAGACAACGGCUGAGGCCCGACUCGAGCCGGGAAAACUGAGUCCCAAACAGCUGAGCCUGUCAUCAUAUGAUACUAUGAAACAAGAAUCACAUGAUGAUGGCUAUGAGACAUGUGGAGACCUGGACUCAAGAGGGAUGGGAAAAGACUUUCAUAGCCACUCCCACUCCAUGGGACACUCAAUUUCGGAAAUGGACCAUCUUCGGCAAGUCAAAUCGGAGUCAAAGGCUUACUACCAAGCGGCUGCGGAGCUGUCCCAGGCCUCGAAAGAACACAAGUUCAUGGAUUAUCCGAGUGAUAUGCAGCAGUCCGGAAAGGAGAAUAAAUUCAUCGACUAUCAAAGUAGUGGGAGUGGUUUCGGAAUGAAGUGCAACAAUAUGAGUGGACCUGGUGUAGACCCAUACAGUUUUAGUGAGGAUGUGAGCAUGGGUGGUGGAAGCUUAGGGUGCGGGCCUGACACUGGAAUGUCAGUUCUGUCUCAGCCGACAUGCCCCUCUGCCCCAGUGCAAUCUAUGAUUCCGCCCCAGUCCCAGUGUGGUGGGACGUUCCCACCAAUGCCAAAGAAAAGAGGCCGCAAAAAGAAAAUACGUCCAGGAGAGGAGGGCAUGGACGGACAGUUCUACAAUGUGGUGGCUGGCAAAGACGAAAAGGUUGGCCACUUCAAGGAGCGUAAGAAGCAUGACCGCUUCAACGGCAUGACUGAGGAAGAGGUCCAGAAGCGAACGUUACCAGACCACCUGACACCGAAUCUCGACAUCAUCAUUAUUGGCAUCAACCCAGGUCUGUUCGCCGCGUACAAGGGACACCACUAUGCCGGACCCGGAAACCACUUUUGGAAAUGCCUGUACCUGUCCGGACUGACCCCGGAGCCCAUGACGGCGGAUGACGACUACAAGCUGCUCAAUGUAGGCAUUGGCUUCACCAACAUGGUGGAGAGAGCCACCAAGGGCAGCGCAGACCUCACCCGCAAAGAAAUCAAGCGAGGAAGUCAAGUGCUUCUGGAGAAACUUCAAAAGUUUAAGCCAAAGAUUGCUGUUUUUAAUGGCAAACUAAUUUACGAAGUUUUCUCUGGCAAAAAGGACUUUUACUUUGGACGCCAGCCUGAUUUUGUGGAUGGCACAAAUACCUACAUGUGGGUCAUGCCCUCCUCAAGUGCUCGCUGUGCACAGCUGCCAAGAGCCGCUGAUAAGGUUCCAUUUUAUGCUGCUUUGAAAAAGUUCAGAGAUUAUUUGAACGGGGUUGUAUCUGACUUUGAUGAAAAUGAAGUCAUAUUCACUUCAUCGAAGUUGAAACACUACUAUGAACCAGAAAUUAAAGAUGAUCUGGAGGAAGGAAGUCAAAAACAAUUUGCUUACAACUACCCACCCAGAAUAACCAAUGGGGAUGGAUCUGAAGAAGUUCCUGACAACAAGGCUAUGAUUCCCAUUGUAAAGCAAGAAGAUGGGACUGUUUUGCCCCCUGAUCAACCUGUUAAGAAGAAAAGAGGGCGACCGAAGAAGAUCCGAACAGAUGAUCCCAAUGACCAGCCUCCUCCGAAGAAGCCAACACCUCGGAAUACUGCUCCAGUUGAUCCAAAUGCGCCUAAGAAGAAAAGAGGACGGCCUAAAAAGAUCAAGGAUGAUGGUAGCAAUGCAGUCAACUCCAAUAUGAGUGGUGUAAAUUCUCAAAUCAACAGCUAUACUCCUCACAUGCCUAUGAACGCCUGUCCACAAGGCUAUAGCCCGUCUCCUUUCUCAAACCACAACCACUCUCAUAACCACAUGAAUCACAAUCAAUCCAUUAUGCAGUAUAAUCAAAGUUCGUCGCAGUCUCCUCUCUCUGUGAACAACUACCACCAAUCUCCGUUACCACACCAUUAUACUCAUUCUCCGCAACCCUCCUCUUUAACUCAUUCAGAUUUAUCGUCUGAAAUAAGUGCAGCAAUUUCUUCGGAACACAACCUUGGAUCUCCUUCCCCGCACUCUCCGAGCCUUGGUGCACCUUCAUCGGACUUCGAAUCAACCACAAACUUAGGCGAGAAUAGCAGUAAAAGUAUACAACUUGGUGUGAAAACUGAGCAAGCUGUCAGUGACCCUCAAGCAGACUGUGGAUUCCACAAUAUAACAUCACCAAAUGAAAAUCAAGGGGCAUCCUACCAAAAUUACAACAGCUUCACCAACAGCAGUGACCAUCCGUCUCAUUCGCAAGGUCACUCAGGGGCUCAUCGACAGCAUCAUCCGGGUACUCCUACACACCAGCAGCAACAUGCAGUCCAACAUCAGCCGCACUCAAGCUAUCAGCAGUCCAUCAACAGCUCAGAAUACGAGCCUAAGUGCAUUCAAGAUGUAGCUGCCAAAAGUUUGUCAGGUUUGGAAUCUCUGGUUGACCAGAUUCCAAGCAUUGCUGACAGUGAUGGUCCAGUAGUCCCAGGAAACGAAGGUGGACCAGACCAGUAUCCAGGAGGCCAGUCAGGACCUGGGGGCUCAGGCCACUAUGUAGAAGAAGCUGGAUACCUAACAAAUUAUUCGUCACACUGUGGUGCUAAUGGUAGUGGAAAUUCACACUACCCAUCUUCAGCCUCAAGCUACUCAAAUCAAGCUCCAGGCUACAAUGGAGGUAUAAGGAUGAACUUCUCUAUAUCAUCCCUGGCAAAUAGUAGCAACAAUUCAGGGAGUAGCUCUCCCACGAGUACCCAUCCAAAUAAUGCUUUCUCUGUAAGCAACAUGGCUCAGAGCUACAAUGCCCCUAAUUCGUACAAUAUGAUGGGCUCAAUGUCCCAUGUCGACUCUCAUCACAUGAUGAACCGUAUGUAUAGUAGUCCCAACGGAUCAGGAAAUUGUGACAUGUCAAUGGGCGGAUCGAUGGGACACUAUGCUUAUAACCAGUACUCAUCGGGAUCAGCUUCAUACCCAGGAUCUCCCAAUACAGCUCCGUCCACACCUGGGAGCACUCCUGGAAGUGGUGGAUCUGGAUACUACUCACCAUCUCACAGCCUACAUAUGCCCAGCCCGAGCUACCCGUCCCCGUACAGUUCUGGGUAUGGUGGCAGCGGCAGCCCGUACUCCAUGCCUGUGUACCCCAAGCCAGACGUGGAUAUGAGCAAUUAUGGAGGCAGCUCAUUUUGAGGUGCUUCAAAGACAAUUGAGUCCAUUAGUCUGAAAUGUGAGAUGAUGAGUGUGAAUGAGUGACUGUGAUUGCUGUGUAAGUAUCAUUGUUUCAAACUUCUCCUCCCUUUCUUAUCUCUUAAACUUCAUUCAAAUUUUUAUGUAAAAGAAUUAUAUACUAUAUAUUUAUAAAUGUAAACUUCCCAUUAUGUAUGGAAGAGAAAUGUUGAGUUCAUAUGAAUGAAAUUGUGAUAAGGGAAGAAUAUUGGUGAUGUGUAGAGCACAUUGUAAGGAAGCCACUACUUUGUUCUAGUGUAGAGGCUUGCUUCAGGAGGACACUCACUUGCCCAGAAUGUGGUUUGUUUUAUUGUCUUCAGAGGACAAUCAUAACACUCACAUUCUAUUUCUGGCAAGCUGUGGAACCAUGGCAAUCAUUUUAGAGCUGUCUUUUAAUUAAGAGGAUAAAAUUCUAAUAAGAGUGAGAUUCCUCAGUUUUUUGUUUUGUUUUUUGAAUUAAAGCAAUCUGUUGUUACCAAUAAGUAAUAGAAUUUUAGUUAAAAGUAAUUUUUGAAUUGUGUCAAAAAUUGUAUAGUUCUGUUAUUAUUACACUCCUAAUAAUGAAACAUGAUAAUUUUAAUUAAGAUAAAUUGUCAGCAAAGCUUGACAAACACAUAUAUAUCUUUUAAGCAUUUAGUUCUUUGAGCUCAGCACAUGUGUUUUGAUGCAACAUUAUCAAACAUGGAUUGCUCAAUACUAGCUCAGUUUGAACUGUGAGUUUAAAGUUUUCAAGCCAGAUUUGGUCUGGACACAGCGUUAAAGACUGUAUCGUUUAACUUUUGUUGAAUCUGUUACCUGAAAUAGUAAUAAUGUUCAGUUACAGUUAUCUAAGGUUUAAGUUUAUGAAAGUGGUGAGUAGGUGGAAAAAGCAAUUGCGUCCCUCCUCAGGUGUGUGAUAUUGUUAUCCCAGUGGAGGUGGCAUAUUCACAUUGCUCUCAUAGACCUGACAGCCUCAUUGAAAUGUGAACAUGCAGGGAAUUCAAUUCAAUUAGCAUUGGUGUUGUACUUUUUGAUGGUUGGCUCAAUGGAAGAAGCAUUUUUCUGCUUCACUGCAUUGCACAAGCUUGUUACAAAGAUUUUCUUGCUCUUAGGACAAGAAUGACGCCCAGCCAUUUCCUUGCCUGUUUUGGGGUUGCAUUAUUUGUUGAUGUGAGGCAGUUUUUAAUUCUUUGUUGCACUCAAUUUAUUGAUUUUAUGUUGUGUUUUCAAGCAUUUUAUCACUGAGUUUUUUUUUUUUUUUUUUCAAGAUGCACUGUUUGUCUGCUUCAUUUUUCAUUUCCAUUUUUCACAUUCUUUUCUUGGUUCCUGUUCAAUGCCUCCACUGAGAGACAAUUUCACCACUACAGAUAUUAAUUAAAAUAAACCUGCUCAAACAUAUUUUUUUCAGUGCUGUGGUGAUUUGUUUUACAGAUUUAAAAUAGGAUCACUGAUAAUCUUUUCCAUGAAGUGGGCUGUUGCAUUUACUUUCUAAAUGGUUGCUGGGUCAUUGGGUCAAACUGACACUUGUUUUCAAACUAAAUUUACUUGUUAGUGUAUCAUAAAUUUCUGUUUUUCAGACAACAUCUACUAAAGUAUGUCACAAUGUGUAGGAUUUGAUACUUGUGUCCUGACUGUUUCUUACAGUGCAGUGCUAUUUAUUGGCUAUUGAUACUUACAAACAACUUUGUUACUUAUUGUCGAGGGAAUGUGGAAGUUGUGGUUAGACAAUUAAUGUGACUGUGAAAUUGGUAGAUGUAAAAUUUUAAUUCUCCUUGAGAAGCUUCCAAGUAGCUUCAGUAAUGUAAUUUUCAUCUCAAUGUGUGUGUUUUAUUCUUUGUUCUUUGUGUUGUUUUCUAAACACCUAUUGAUUGAUUUAUUAUGUUCAGUUUGGCUUUUUUAUAAGUUUCUUGUUGUGUAGAUAUUAAUGUAUGUUAAAGCUAUUGUUGUGUGUUGUAACAACUAUGGUCUUCUUUCCUCUUCUUCUCUCAUUCUGUCCUUUCAUUGUUUGGCAGUGACAUAGCUGCACAAAUGACAUAUAUUGUGCACUCUCAAGUCCGGAAAGAGCUAUCGUUCUGCAAUUUUAAAAAUUUUUUCUUCAGUUCUGUUUUAUAUUUAAAAACAGAUCCCUGCCGCAGGAAAUCCCUUACGCAGGAAAUGAUAAGCUACCUAACCAUGAAAAUACUUUGUUUCUAAAGUGCUUCAGUUUACCUUGAACAUGUGGAAUGUUUUUGGAAAAUUGUGAUAUGUAGAGUGUUCUUAUUCUAAAGGAAUUUUAUGUACUACUUGAAUAUGUUUGAUGUCCUCUAAGGUGCAUUGGUUGUGAUCCGAUUUUUGACAUUGUGUAUGUAAGUGCACAAACAGCUAGAAUGGCAACAUCUGUGGAAUGACUUCCCUACUCUAGUGAUUUGCUCUAUUUCCAUUUCUCUGUCUGUCUGUCUGUCUGUCUGUGGCCGAUUCUCCCACUCCUCUUCUUUCUCUGUCUCUCUCCGGACUUGAUCAUUUAUUGGUACUAGUAGUUCGUGGGAUUAGGAUGUACAUUUCUCUGUAUAAUUUUGCCUAUCAAAUUGCCAUAUAGGACUGAAAUGAACUGAAUCUCUAUUGUUGGUUAAUAUUGGGAAGACUUUGGUAUUGGUUGUUGAAACAACAUUAUAGUUAUGCAGGAAAAUUGUGCCAAACAUCAUCUAAGGAAAUUGCUUGAGUACCUUGUCAUUUCACUCUCGGAAACUUUUCUGUAUAUUUCUGUCACUGUGAGUGUUUUCAAGCAUCGUUGCUUGAGCUCCAAUUUUCAUCAGUUUAUGAAAUUAAUUCUGUUCCAAUUGGAUUUUCAUGUUUGCUUGUUAUUAAUGAAGCUUCAUUUCACUGUUGAUAUCUUCAGAGAGGUGUUGCAGUAUUGUGUUCUAUCCUCUGAUUUAUUAAGGAUUGUGUUAGCUCAGUAUCUGUCUAAUUACUGUCUUCCAUGUUUGUUGAUGUAUUGUUUAUUUCCUGCUAAGACUUCAAGUAACAGUUUUGGCAUUUUCUGAACUGUGAUUUUUACAACCAUAGAGCCUAUUAAUGUAAGUUUUCUUCAAAUCUGUUUGCUGUUACCUCAAUCAUUAUGUUGCCUCAGUGACUUAUAUUUCAUGUCAUCUGGAUGGAUAUAGUACUUGUUUCCGGCCAAGUGUUUGCUGUAAAUGUUUCUAGCCUUUAGCAGCACUUCCUUCACAUGGUGCUGUAUUUUGACAAAAUGUGACAGGUUUAUUUUUAAAUGAUUCUGUUGAUGCAGUUUCCGCAAUGUCUGGUCACGUUAAACCACAUGAUUGGUUUGAGUACAAACUAUUUCUCUUAUUGCAAUAACAAUAACCAUAAUAUUAAUUUUAAGCUGGUGCAGGCACCCUCUGUUGAUGGUCAAUACUUUGUAUUUGCCAUGGUGUGUGUUCCUUGGCCCCUCCUCUGUUUGCAACAUUAAGUGGAACCAUUAACUGUACGUCCAGUGAACAUGCCCAAUAUUUUGUUGUUUUUGAGGUCCAAUACUUGUACAUCCAAGUCUUUUAACGCAGAGCAAUAAAAAUCCUUUGCAUAACAUUAUUUGCCAUGUUGUUGUUGUGCAUAGAGUUAAUAUCUUAUCCUAAAGCUGUGGCUCAUUCUGAAAACUGUUUGGCCAAUUGGUACAUGAAAUCAUUGCAUUUGCCUAUUGCAACACUUUUCUUGCUCAUGGUACUUUGGUUUUUCCAUGCAAAAUGUGUUUUCUUAGUAGACUAUACUUUGCAAUAACUAUUUCCCUCAAAGUUUAGUAAUAUACGAUUGUUUUGUUGAUCUGGAAGAUUUAUUGGAGGCACUGAUUGCAGUUGGGUCUAUGGUUGUGUUCAAAUACUAUUUAAAUAACAGCAGCAUGUUCAGUGAUCCUCCAAUUAAGCUUUCUCUUCAAUAACUAAGCACUUGUUUUGUUGAUGUUGUUGUUGGUUUGCCGUUGACUUUUAAUGUGCUUCAUAGUUCAAUUAAAUUUCAAUGUAAAUUCAUGUAACUUGCAAUACUUGUCUAAAAGUCAGGAAGUGUAUUUUGUACAGAAGUGUCACUGUGGUUUACUGUUCAAUUCAAUAAUUGUUCUCCUUUAUGGUUAUCUCAGCAAUACUCUAGUUGCUGUUGGGUCCUUCUAAUAAAUGUCAGGUGCCUCACAUCAAUUCAAUGGAAAUUGUGUUGCCAGCAGGGCCAGCAGUACAUACACAAAAUUAUUUAUGAAAAGAAAUUGAUUGAUUGUGUUUAUUAUUAUUACUUUGUAUUUGGAAUACUUUGUGAUUGUCAGACCCCGAUGACUCUCUGUAGAGAGUCUUGUUUGCAAUUACUUAUGUGCAUUUCUCACAUGUGACAGAUUUGAAGCAUCACACAAAUGUCACACUCCAUUAAGAUACGAUGUUGUUUUGUUUUGUGUCCACAAAGGCUUCUCUAAAUGUUGAAUAUUGGAUUGUUCCCCCAUUAAUUUAAAUUUUAUGUUAAACAUUGUGUUGUUUUUUUUUUGGUUGUUCUUUUCAUUUGUGUUGGUAUUUCUUAUUUUACUAUUACUGUUACAUUAUUUGAAAAACUUCUCCUUGAAUUAGUGAAGAUUUCAGUGUGAUUUUGAAAUUUUGAAGACCAGCUGAUUGUCAAAUAUUUGGUUGUCAGAAAAGGCCACGAACUGUCCACUUGCAUAGUUAAAUUUUGGUUUGUCAAAGUACAACAAUUUUAAUAUUUUUAUUUCUGAGAGUUCUAAAGGAUGUAUAUGAAUUUUUGUGUAGAUGACAUCAAAUCUCAUUUUAGAAAUAACAUUACUUAUCUGUUCUCUAAUAUACUGAAUAUUUUUCAUGCCAUUGCAAUCAAGUUGCAACGUUUUAAUGCAAUAUUUAAGAUAAAAUACUUUUUUACUGUGUAAAGAAGACGUUCAUAAGUUUAUUGUUUCUGCUCGUGUUUGAGAAUCACUGUCUUACAAAAUAAUGUUGCAUGUCACUCUAGAUACAUUAAUUCUUUCCAUGUUGCUGUGUACAACCUCAGCUCACAGGUUUUGCAGUUUUAAUAAUGAAUCUGUGUAUAUCAAAAUGGCUCAAAUACCUCACUUGUGUUUAAAAUAAAUCUUUUACAUCAAUGUCACA